AUGGGACUCUGUAGCAAGUCCCCGGUCAAGCUGGAUCUUAAAGGAGAUCCAAAACCGGUGUUUAGGCCAAAACGACUAGUGAUAUACUCCAUGGAGCAAGUAGUAGAAAACGAACUGAUCCGUUUACAAAGCUUGGGUGUUUUGAAGAAAGCGGAUUUUAGCGACUGGGCGGCACCAAUCGUCGCGGUACGAAAACCAAACGGUACCGUUCGUAUCUGCGCCGAUUAUUCUACCGGCCUUAACAGUGUUCUCGAACCAAACCAAUAUCCGUUGCCAUUGCCUGAGGAUAUUUUAGCAAAGAUGGCCAACUGUCGGAUUUUUAGUUCUGUGGACUUAUCCGAUGCUUACCACCAAGUAGAGGUGGAUCAAUCCUGCCAACCUCUCCUGACCAUCAACGCCCAUAAAGGUCUCUUCCAGUAUACACGCUUCUCACCUGGCAUUAAGUCUGCCCCAGGUGCUUUCCAACAACUAUUGGAUACUAUGCUAGCCGACCUCGAGAAUACCGUUGGUUAUUUGGAUGACAUCCUUGUGGGUGGCCGCAACGAAGAAGAGCAUCAGUAA